UAAAACUUAGGUCGCCGCACCGCCACCUUGUGCAGCCCGAACCUGAGUCCGCGAUCGCUCGCUCGCCUGCCUCUCCUCCGACAGCAUGAGCUUCACCACCCACUCCACCACCUUCUCCACCAACUACCGGUCCCUGGGCUCGGUCCGGGCGCCAAGUCACUGGGCCCGGCCCGCCAGCAGCGCGGCCAGCGUCUAUGCGGGCGCGGGGGGCUCGGGGUCCCGGAUCUCUGUGUCCCGCUCCACCAGUUUCCGCAGUGGCCUGGGAUCCGGGGGCCUGGCUGCCGGGGUAGGAGGUGUGAUGGGAAUAAGUGGCAUCCAGACCGAGAAGGAGACCCUGCAAGGCCUGAACGACCGCCUGGCCUCCUACCUGGACCGAGUGCGGAGCCUGGAGACUGAGAACCGACGGCUGGAAGGCAAAAUCCGGGAACAUCUGGAGAAGAAGGGACCCCAGGUCAGAGAUUGGGGGCAUUACUUCAAGACGGCCGAGGAGCUGAGGGCUCAGAUCUUUGCAAGUUCUGUGGACAAUGCCCGCAUCGUCCUGCAGAUUGACAAUGCUCGCCUUGCUGCUGACGACUUUAGAGUCAAGUAUGAGACAGAGCUGGCCAUGCGCCAGUCUGUGGAGGCCGACCUCAACGGGCUCCGCAAGGUUAUCGAUGACACCAAUAUCACCCGGCUACAGCUGGAGACAGAAAUCGAGGCUCUGAAAGAGGAGCUGCUGUUCAUGAAGAAGAACCACGAGGAGGAAAUCAAGGGUCUCCAGGCCCAGAUUGCCAGCUCUGGGUUGACGGUGGAGGUAGAUGCCCCCAAGUCUCAGGACCUCAACAAGAUCAUGGAGGACAUCCGGUCCCAAUAUGAGGAGCUGGCUCGGAAGAACCGAGAGGAACUGGACAAGCACUGGUCCCAGCAGAUUGAAGAGAGCACCACAGUGGUCACCUCGAAGUCCAAAGAACUUGCAGAUGCGGAGAUGAUGGUCACAGAGCUGAGACGCACAUACCAGGCCUUGGAGAUUGAACUGGACUCCAUGAAAAGCCUGAAGGAGAGCUUGGAGAACAGCCUGACGGAUGUGGAAACACGCUACACCAUGCAGAUAGAGCAGCUCAAUGGUGUCCUCUUGCACCUGGAGUCUGAACUGGCACAGACUCGAGCAGAAGGGCAGCGCCAGACCCAGGAGUAUGAGGCUCUGCUGAAUAUCAAGGUCAAGCUGGAGGCCGAGAUUGCUACCUACCGCCGCCUCCUGGAAGAUGGGGAGGACUUCAGUCUCAGCGAUGCCCUGGACAGCAGCAACUCCAUGCAAACCCUCCAAAAAACCACCACCCGCAGGAUUGUGGACGGCAAAGUCGUGUCUGAGUUCAAUGAUACCAAAGUGUUGAGACACUGAGGCAGAGAAAUGAACGGGGUAUCCUGGGGAACUGAGAGCCAAUAAAAAUUGAGAGGACAUUA